GCGUUCUGCCAGCGCGAGCUGGGGAGCAACAACCGCACGCGGCAGCACAAGAGCGCGGCGGUGGAGAGCCUGACGGCGGAGAUCGAUCAGCUGGACGCCUCUCUGGCACAGCUCUCGGAGGAGAUCGCCUCCAUCUCCGCACAGGUCACGGAGCUGAGCGGAGCGCUGGCGGAGGCCCUGCGCCUGCGCCAGGCGGAGCAAGAGAAGCACAAGGCGACCCUGCAGGAGGCGCAAGAGGCGCAGAAGGCGGUGGCGGAGGCGCUGGGCCUGCUGCAGGACGUUUUCUCCAAGAGCUCCCUGCUGCAGCUGAACCAAAGCACGGCCAAGGGAGGUGCCUCGGAGUCGGACCGCCCUUCCUAG